CCACGGGGCGCAUUCAACAAACCUUUGAGCAUGCCAUCUCUGUGGUCAACAGCGAUUUGAGUAUUCCUCUCCAGGGCGAUUCGGCCAAUGUAGAUUUUGGAAAUUCAGUACACGCAUUUGGGGAACUCUGCAGACUUAUGCAGAAUGGCGUCGGCGCCGUGUUUGGACCUUCGGCCAGGCACACAGCAGCGCAUCUUUUCAGUGCCUGUGAUGCUAAGGAUUUACCAUUUAUCUAUGCUCAUCUCUCAUCCAACCAGCAGACAGAUGGCUUCAAUCUGCAUCCACAUGCCGAGGAUAUUGCUCAUGUGCUCUACGAUAUCAUACAACAAUUUGAAUGGUCGCGUUUUAUUUUUUUGCUAUGAAUCCUCUGAAUAUCUUACAAUAUUAGAUCACCUAGUAGCACUUUAUGGCAUUAAAAGUCCUCUUAUUAAGGUCAUGCGGUACGAUCUCAAUCUCAAUGGCAAUUACAAAGCUGUACUCAGGCGCAUUCGCAAAUCGGAGGAUAGUCGCAUUGUCGUUGUUGGCUCCACCGAAGGCGUUGCUGAGCUGCUGCGUCAGGCUCAGCAGGUGGGCAUCAUGAAUGAGGAUUACACCUAUCUGGUCGGCAACUUGGAUCUGCACACUUUCCAGCUGGAGGAAUACAAAUACAGCGAGGCCAACAUCACGGGCAUUCGCAUGUUUGAUCCGGAUAAGAAAGAAGUGCGUCAAUUGAUUGAGACACUGAAUCGUGCCGUGGGCGAAAGUGAGCCACUUGAUUUGGGUUCCUCGCCCAUUACUUUGGCCAUGGCUCUUACCUAUGACGCGGUGCGUGUGAUUGCUGAGACCACCAACAAUAUGCCGUACCAACCACAGCAAUUGAACUGCUCGGAGCGACAUGAUGUAGUGCAACAAGAUGGAUCCACUUUUCGCAACUAUAUGCGAACGUUGGAAAUCUUGGACAAAACCAUCACUGGACGCAUCUUCUUCCAGGGCAAUGUGCGCAAAGGUUUUACCUUCGAUGUGAUUGAGCUGCAACCCACGGGAUUAAUCAAAGUGGGCACGUGGGAAGAAGGCCAAGACUUUGAAUUUAAUCGUCCACCACAAGUACAGGAACUACUAGACAAUGAAGAAAACUCGUUAGUUAACAAAACUUUCAAAGUGCUCAUCUCAGUUCCAAACAAACCUUACGCUAGCUUGGUGGAAAGCAUCAACAGUUUGGUUGGCAACAGUCAGUAUGAGGGAUAUGGCAUUGAUCUGAUCAAAGAACUAGCAGAUAAACUGGGCUUUAACUUUACGUUUCACAAUGGCGGCAACGAUUACGGUUUCUUCAACAAGACCACGAAUCAAACAACGGGCAUGUUAAAGGAGAUUGUCGAGGGUCGCGCCGACUUAGCAAUAACAGACUUGACCAUCACAUCAGAGCGAGAAGAGGCCAUUGACUUUUCCAUACCCUUUAUGAAUUUAGGUAUUGCCAUUUUGUAUGUGAAGCCUCAGAAAGCGGAGCCAGCGCUCUUUUCCUUCAUGGACCCCUUCUCAAAAGAAGUGUGGUUAUAUCUGGGCAUUGCUUAUCUGGGUGUUUCACUCUGUCUCUUUGUGCUGGGUCGUCUUUCGCCCUCUGAAUGGGAUAAUCCCUAUCCAUGUAUAGAGGAACCGGAAGAACUGGAGAAUCAAUUUACCAUAAAUAACUCAAUGUGGUUUACCACAGGCGCCUUGCUGCAACAAGGCUCUGAAAUUGCACCCAAAGCUUUAAGUACGCGCACUAUAUCAUCUAUCUGGUGGUUCUUCACGCUGAUCAUGGUCUCCUCAUAUACGGCUAACUUGGCUGCCUUCUUAACCAUCGAGAAUCCAUCGAGUUCCAUAGACAGCGUCGAAGAUUUAGCCGAGAACAAAGAUGACGUUCAAUAUGGAGCCAAGCGCACAGGGUCGACUAGGAAUUUCUUCUUGACAUCUGAGGAACCCAUUUACAUGAAGAUGAAUGCGUACAUGACGCAAAACAAAGAUAUGUUGACUGAAACGAAUCUGGAAGGUGUCGAUAAGGUAAAAGCUGGCACCAAAUACGCCUUUCUCAUGGAGUCCACAUCCAUUGAGUUUAAUACGGUGAGAGAAUGUAAUCUCAAGAAAAUUGGCGAACCUCUCGAUGAGAAGGGUUACGGCAUUGCCAUGCCCAAAAAUUGGCCAUAUCGCGAUAAGUUCAACAGAGCGUUGCUGGAGCUGCAAGAGCAAGGUGUCUUGGCUAGACUCAAGAACAAAUGGUGGAAUGAAAUAGGAGCCGGAGUUUGUAACGCUAAAAGCGAAGAUGACGGCCCUUCAGAACUGGAAAUGCAGAACUUGAGUGGCAUUUAUUUGGUGCUGAUCGUCGGCUCGAUUUUAUCAUUUGUGCUUUCGUUUUUCUAUUGGUGUUUGUUUGUCUUCAAAAGAGCCAAAUUCUAUGACGUGCCCUUCUGCGAUGCCUUGGCCGAAGAAUUUAAGAUUGUCAUCAGUUUUGCUGAAAAUGAACGAGCCUUGAAGAGCGCUCAAUCGGUUUAUUCACGCAGUCGCAACUCUUCGCAAUCCAUCGAAUCGCUCAAAACCGAUUCUGACGAUCAGGUGCCAGAGGAAGAGAUGAUAUUAUUUUAUGCAAAAAUGCAGACAAGAAAUAUAUUAAUAUGUUUCUUAAUAGCAUUGUUAACUAAUUCGUUAAUAAAUGCCGAAGAAGCUGAGCCAGAAAUGUUGCCAGUCUACGAAGAUAUCCAGAAUAUGGGCAGUGUAGCAAUUGGUCUGCUGACUGAUCAGAAUACAGAGCAAAUGAAUAUAGUAUUUGAUCAUGCUAUAAGUGUAGCCAAUGAGGAAUUAGGUUUAUCCCUAACAUCGUUCAAAGAGGAAGUCAACUAUGGCGAUGGCUAUCACAGCUACAACACCUUGUGUCGCAUGCUUGAGACUGGUAUUGCUGGUGUCUUUGGUCCCUCAUCGCGUCACACGGCUGUGCAUUUAAUGUCUAUAUGCGAUGCGAUGGAUAUUCCUCACAUCUAUUCCUAUAUGAGCGAAUAUAGCGAAGGUUUUAAUCUGCAUCCUCAUCCGGCGGAUCUGUCGAAAGCACUUUACAGCAUCAUCAAACAAUUUGAGUGGUCGCGAUUUACAUUUCUCUACGAAUCAGCGGAAUACCUGACCAUACUCAAUGAACUUAACUUGAUUUUCGGCAUGAAUGGGCCAAUUGUGACCGUUCUACGCUAUGAUAUGCAAUUAAAUGGAAAUUAUAAACCAAUUCUGCGGCGAGUGCGAAAAUCCUCGGACAAUCGAAUUGUGGUUGUUGGAAGCUCGGACACAAUGCCAGAGUUCCUUAAUCAGGCUCAACAAGUGGGCAUUAUCAAUGAAGACUACAGCUUUAUUAUUGGCAACUUGGACUUUCAUUCGUUUGAUCUCGAAGAAUACAAAUAUAGCGAGGCCAACAUCACAAGUCUACGUUUAUUUUCCCCUGAAAAAAUGGCUGUCAAGGAACUUAUGCAAAAAAUUGGCUACAACAUUGAGCAAGACGAGUUUCGCAAUGGAUCCUGUCCUCUAACUGUGGAAAUGGCGUUGACCUACGACGCCGUGCAAGUAUUUGCUGAAACUCUAAGAAAUUUGCCCUUCCAUCCAGUUUCGCAAAACUGCUCUCAGCGCACUGAAAGUGUGCGAGAUGAUGGCUCAUCCUUUAAGAAUUAUAUGAGAACGUUGCGUUUGAAGGAUCGCCUGCUCACAGGACCCAUCAAUUUCGAGGGUAAUGUGCGCAAAGGUUAUAGCCUGGAUGUCAUCGAGCUGCAGCCUUCGGGCAUUGUCAAAGUGGGAAAUUGGAAUGAGUAUCGAGGUUAUAGACCAGAGCGUAUAGCACCUACCAAUACUCAAUUUGACAACAUUGACAAUUCGCUGGCCAACAAAACGUUCAUAGUGUUGCUCUCAGUGCCGAACAAACCUUAUGCCAGUUUAGUAGAGAGCUUCAAGAAAUUAGAGGGCAACAGUCAGUAUGAGGGUUAUGGUGUGGAUUUGAUCAAGGAACUGGCCGAUAAGUUGGGUUUUAACUUUACCUUUAAAAAUGGUGGCAAUGACUAUGGCUCCUACAACAAGACCUCCAAUGAAUCCUCCGGCAUGCUACGCGAAAUCAUGUAUGGUUUUGCCGACUUGGCCAUCACGGAUUUAACAAUCACUUCAGAGCGCGAGGAAGCUAUCGAUUUCAGUAUUCCAUUUAUGAAUCUAGGCAUUGCGAUACUCUACUUGAAACCACAGAAGGCAAAGCCAGAGCUUUUCACUUUCAUGGAUCCCUUUUCCGAGGAUGUUUGGUGGUUUUUGGGACUCUCUUUUCUAGGAGUUUCGUUGAGUUUCUUUAUACUUGGUCGUCUGUCGCCCAGUGAAUGGGAUAAUCCAUAUCCUUGCAUCGAAGAACCUGAAGAACUAGAGAAUCAAUUUACUAUAGGCAACUCUGUUUGGUUUACCACUGGAGCCUUGCUACAGCAAGGCUCAGAAAUUGGACCCAAGGCUUUGUCAACAAGAACUGUUGCCAGUUUCUGGUGGUUCUUCACAUUGAUUGUCGUCUCGUCUUAUACUGCCAAUUUGGCUGCUUUUUUGACCAUUGAGAAACCACAAAGUUUGAUCAACAGCGUGGAUGAUUUGGCGGACAACGAAGUAGGCAUUGUCUAUGGCGCUAAGAGUAGUGGUUCCACAAGGAAUUUUUUUCAGUCGUCGGAGGAUGUACGUUUUAUAAAAAUGAAUAAAUUUAUGACCGAACAUCCAGAGUAUCUUACAGCCACUAAUCAAGAAGGUGUCGAUAGAGUAAAGACAAGCACAAACUAUGCUUUUCUCAUGGAGUCCACGUCCAUUGAGUAUAACACAAAGCGUGAAUGUAAUUUGAAAAAGAUUGGUGAUGCUCUCGAUGAGAAAACCUACGGCAUUGCCAUGCGAAAAAAUUGGCCAUAUCGCGAUAAGUUCAACAAUGCUUUACUGGAGCUGCAGGAGCAGGGUGUGCUCGAGAAGAUGAAGAACAAAUGGUGGAAUGAGGUCGGUUCAGGCAUUUGUGCUACCAAAGAGGAGACGCCCGAUGCCACACCGCUGGCCAUGGACAAUUUGGCUGGUGUCUUCCUUGUGCUGCUCGUGGGCAGCUGUGCUGCCAUGUUCUAUGGUGCCAUCAGCUGGGUGCUGUUCAUCAUCAAGAAGGCAAGACAUCAUAAGGUGUCACUGAAGGACGCCUUUAAGGAGGAGUUCGAGUUUCUCGUUGACUUCAACAACUACAUUAGAGUGCUGAAGAGUUCAGCCUCCAUUUAUUCGCGCAGUCGUCAAUCCUCGAUAUCAGCUGGUUCAUAA